AUGCCACGUUAUUCGAGUGUUUUCGGCUUUUCCGGUCCCAUCGAUAGACUUUCUAUCAGGUUAGUUUUCGGAUUUUCAAUUUUCGCAAACUUUUCCACUUUUCCAGAGUGCAACUCUUUCAAAAAGGCGCGCAAACGCUCGAUUUCGAUCGAUUUCAUCAGGAGAAUCAAAUUGACGAAAAACCGCAAAAAUCGCGGCUCGACGACGUCACUUUCGGAUGGAAACAGCGCAUUUCACAGAGGUGGGGCCGAGUUUUUCGCUUUUCUGAAACUAGGCCCGUGUUUCAGUAAUCGUCGAAUAUUCACCCUGAGCGAUGAGGAUCCGUUCCCCGAGUAUCUCGAAGCAUUCCGACCGCCGCCGAAUGAGAAAGAGCCGGAAAAUGUGAAGGGAUACGAGUGAGCUCGCAAAUUAAAACAAAAUUUCAUAGAAUUGUUGCAGGUACCCUGUCAAUGAGUUUGUGGUCCUCCGAAGCACCGCCGCCACGCGUCCGGUCGUCAAAAAAAGCUACUUGCUCAUUUUUGCGCGGCUCGGAUCGAUGGAUGUUGAGUGAGUCCGGUUUGAAUGAGUAUUGUGGGCUUACGGGAUAUUGUAUGGCUCUCAAAAUUGUUUUGUAAAAUUUUUACGUAUUGUAGAACAUUUUUGUAGUUGACCACUUUUUUCUGCGACCACUCUCUGGACUACUGUAGUUCUUUGAAGUUAGGGCUCUUAAGAAACUAGUCAUAUUUUCCAAAGGCUACAGUAGCCCUAGGGGUGGUUGUACCAAAAAAUGGUAAACUACAAAAAUGUUCUACUAGAUGUCGAGAUUCUCCAAAACAAUUUUAUCGAGCUAUGCAAUAUCUUCUAAGCCUACAAUAUUGGCAAUUUUCAGCGAUCCAUCGGCAGUCGAACUGAUCGCCCGUCUGACGGCCACUUCCAGCAAUCGUCUGAUUGUCGAACCGUGUCUAGACGAGGCCCAAAACGAGGGAAUUCCUCUUGAGACAAAAUUCGGCGACUAUUUAGCCAAAAUCAAAAUUGAGGACCGGGACAAGGACAAAGAUUCCGGGAUUGACGAGCAAAUUGGUGGUCGGAGCCGAAAAUCAAGAGUUUCUAUUGUCCGUUUCCACUUUUUCCAAUCGACGUUUCGCACGUUGUUUUUACAGAGCAGUCUUCCGGAAGCGGAGCACUUUUUAGCGGCACGCGACGGGCUUGUGGAGUCUGUAGUCAACGUGGAAAUCGGUAAAUUUCACUGCUCCUUUCGAAAUGCAUAAUAUCGAUUUUCGCAGCCAAAGCGUGGUCGCUGUUGUUCGAGGAGGGUCUGACGAUCGACUACAAGAUCCGAUUGCCACGUGGCGUUCGACUCAAAUCGAAAAAUGCGACGGGGCGAUCGCAACGAUUUGCGGCGGACGAGAACGGAAACGCGCACUUUGGAUAUUGUCUGGAAUUUGUGUUCGAAACGGCGCAAACCGAAGAAGUUUCGCCGAUUUUAAUGCUGAAAAUAAUGGCGGUCGACUAUUGGGGACGACAAUAUAUCGCCGGAUACGGAUCCGCUUUCAUCUCGUUCACGCCUGGCAGGUAUUGUGUCUUUUUUGUUCAAAGCAGUAUAUCUCAGCUGCGGGUGGAGAUAUAAAAAAGGUGUCAACAACAAAAAUGUGUAUCAAAAAAUUUUGUACAAUUUAUCUGUUGCCAACUUUUUGAUAGCUUCACGCGCAGCCGAGAUACAUCCUCUUGAACGAAUGAUGACGUUGAGGCUGCAAUCGCGCUCUAUCGCUAACGAAAUGGCCGCUUUCGACCGAUUUUAUCGAUUAUUAUUAUCGAUAAAACUUUCCUAUUUUAGAUCCAAAUCCAAAAUCGCUCUGUGGCGCCCGAUUAGCCACAACGCUUUGUACGAAAUGUUCGUCGGACAGGCGGUCGAUGUCGAUUAUUUUUCGUUAAAGGUAAAUUGUGUCGAUAUCGAUAAUUUAUGGAUAAAAAUUCAUUUAUAGAACCCGAUGGAACGUGCCGGAAUCGACAGCCAACCAUCGGGAAUCGUCCGAAUCGAAUGCACGUGUGUUUCUCAAUCACGUCAUUACAUGGCGCGCGACAUUUUGUACCAACUCAAAUACGGAUCGAAAAUGGCCGAUAUGGGGUCAGGAAGGGACUAGCUUUUUCUAGGCCAUACUCGCUUUUUCAGAUUACGCUCCGACUUUUAUCAACGAAUCAUCAAAGUGCUGAUGGAGUUCGAAGAGGCGCGCUCGAAACUGAUUCUGGCGAGAGCGAUCAAUAAAAAGAAGAUUAAAAUGUAG